AUGGCUGCCAAAUUAGUCGACCGGAUAAUCCACAACGUUCCAGGCAAGCUUCGAGUGGCCGAACUAUUCUUCGAUGUUCCCAUCAACUACAGCAAGCCCAAUGAUGGAACCUUGAGACUCUUUGCUCGCAGCGUUCGUCGUCAUAACAAGCCAGUUCAGCCGACAAAAGAUGACCAACGCCUUCCGUGGUUGGUCUACCUUCAAGGGGGCCCUGGAAUGGGAUGUCGACCCCCGCAGGAGUACGGCUGGAUUGGAACGGCCCUUGAAAAGGGCUACCAAGUCCUCUUUCUAGACCAGCGCGGCACGGGUCUCAGCUCAACUAUCACCGCUGGCACCCUUGCUUUGCAGGGAAACGCAGUCAAGCAAGCCGAGUACCUGAAGCAUUUCCGCGCGGACAAUAUUGUCCGGGACUGCGAAGCGGUCCGACGCUGUCUCACUACCGACUAUCCCGAAGGCGAGCGCAAAUGGAGCAUUAUCGGGCAGAGCUUCGGCGGUUUCUGUGCGGUGACGUACCUCUCUCUGUUCCCCGAGGGUCUGAAUGAAGCUUUUAUUUGCGGUGGACUUCCCCCCUUGGUCGACGGACCGGAUCCAGUCUACGCGCUGACCUUCGAAAAGGUUGUGGAGAGGAACCAGGCUUACUACGCCAAAUUUUCCGGAGAUGUCGAAAGGGUCAAGCAGAUCGUCAAGUACUUGCAAAAUAACCAGGUGACCGUGCCAUCUGGAACGCUCACUCCGGAGCGGUUUCAGCAGUUGGGUAUCAUAUUUGGCAUGCACGGGGGGCUCGACAGUGUCCAUGACCUCGUGCUGCGUGCUUGGAACGACCUGCAGUUGUUCGGUUUCUUGACUGUGCCAACACUCAACGCAAUCGAUAGUAAUGGCGGCUUUGACAGCAAUAUCAUCUAUGCUAUUCUCCACGAAGCCAUUUACUGCCAAGGACAACCCUCGAACUGGUCUUCCGAUAGGUACCGUGCGGCCAAUUCCCGAUUCCACAUCAACACUGAUCUGCCAGAAAUCUGGUUUACUGGUGAAAUGGUCUUCAAAGAUAUGUUCGACACCUACGACGAGCUGAACAAAGUCAAAGAAACAGCCGACAUUCUCGCCACGACGAACGACUGGCCCGCGCUCUACAACGAGGCCCAGCUGGCACAAAACACCGUCCCUGUCUACGCCGCGUCCUACGUGGAAGACAUGUAUGUGCAUUUUCACCACGCCUCGAACACAGCGGCCAAGAUCAAGGGCAUCAAGCAGUUUAUCACGAACACCAUGUACCACAACGCCAUCCGCAGCAAGCCGGAUGAGCUUCUGCAGCAGCUUUUUGCUCUCAGGGACGACACCCUUGACUAG